UUACGUCCGAUGCAAUCAGUUUCAAAAUGUGAGCCAAAGACUACUACACCCAUAAUGCUUUGAUACGGAUACGAUGUGUUGUGUGACUUCGUGUUUUCAGCAGGAAUUCUGCAUGAAGUUCGGUGAAGUGAACAACAUCGGUUUAGGUCAUUCCCGAAAAAAUGUCUGCGUCUGAAGAAUAUCCUGCAUUUAGACUCGGCGAGUCCCGUUUCGAUCAGAGAUCCUUUUAUGGCCGACUUCGACACUUCUUGAAUGUGAUUGACCCACGCACCUUGUUUGUGUCUGAGAGUCAUCUGAAUGCGAGUGUGAGAAUGUUGGAGCAGUUCAAGAAUGGCUCUCUCCCUCCAGGUGUGACCGAUGCUCAGCUGUGGGAGGCCCAGAAAAUAAAGCAGGCCAUCAUCCAUCCAGACACUGGAGAGAAAAUCUUCAUGCCUUUUCGGAUGUCAGGUUACAUUCCCUUUGGUACACCAGUGGUAGUUGGGUUGCUCCUUCCCAAUCAGACUUUAUUAUCCACGGUCUUCUGGCAGUGGUUGAACCAGAGUCACAACGCCUGUGUCAACUACAGCAACCGAAAUGCCUCACAGCCAACAUCAGGAUCAAAGUUUCUUCAAGGCUACUUGGGAGCAGUGACCAGUGCAGUUUCUAUUGCUGUGGGACUAAGCGUGUUUGUGCAGAAAGCUGAGCGGUUCAGUCCGGCUACUCGCCUCCUCGUCCAGAGAUUCAUUCCCUUUCCUGCAGUCGCUAGUGCCAACGUGUGCAAUGUUGUCCUGAUGAGGUACUCUGAGCUAAAGGAAGGCAUCAGUGUUCUGGAUGACCAGGGCACAGUGGUGGGCACCUCACAAGUAGCAGCAAGACAUGCAAUCUUGGAGACUGCCAUGACACGAAUGGUCCUCCCAAUGCCCAUUCUGGUCCUUCCCCCUAUUGUUAUGACUUUUUUAGAGAGGUUGCCUUUGCUGCAGAGGCGCCCACGGCUGGUGUUGCCAGUGCACAGUCUGGUGUGUCUGGCGGCUUUCAGCUUGGCCCUGCCCCUCGCCAUCAGCCUGUUCCCUCAGCAGUCCCAGAUCCACGUGUCUCUGCUUGAACCAGAGAUUGCUGCAGCGACAGACUGCAAGAUUGUGACUUAUAACAAGGGUCUCUAAUCGGUCAGUCCUUAGGCUUAAGUCAAGAGUGCCUACCAAACCCAAUAAGUGAAGUUUACAACUUCUAGCAUCGAGCUGAAGCAUCACUGAAUGUAAGACACACACACGCACACGCGCACACACACACACACACACACACACACACACACACACACACACACACACCAAAUCUGAGCCAAAUCAUGCAUGAGAUAUUUGCUGUACCCCGUUAGGUAUGUUCAUGUCUCUAAUCAUUUCCGAUUUGAAAAAGGGGAACAGACUUAAAGCCGUGUAGCUUCUCCAGGCAUCUCUUAUGUGAACUAUGUGAACAAGUGAUGUAGGGAUCACAUUUACCUUAGCGCUUACAUUGUGUAUUUUUAUUAAUCCAUCAGAUGAAUUACAUUUAGCAAUUGUAACCACCCUUGUAAUCUCCCUUCCCCGUUUUGAUAACAUGUUAAUCAUUGUAACCAUCAGAUUAAUGUAUACUGUGAGACCACCUUAUAAUACUAUUGUUUGUAUGCUGAUCUCAGGAUUUAAGUGCAAAUAUGCAAAUGCAAAUAUGUAAUGCAAAUGCAAAUAUGUAGCAAUAUUUUCCAUGAUGGAUUGUCGUUUCUUACUAAUUCUGAAUUUAACUGGCACUAUAACCUUGUAUAAAUAUUUUCAAAAGUUAAA